AUGAAAAAUGAUGAUAACAAUAACAACCAGAAAAUCCAAUGCGAUGAGCUAACUAUCAACAAAUAUAUUCUAAAUAAAGAAGAAGAAGAAGAAGAAGAAGAAGGAGGAGGAGAAGAUUUAUUAACUAUGGAUCAGGAACUGAUGGUACAGCAAUAUUAUCCUGUGAUUCUUGAGAUUGGAUCAAGACUCAUUAAAGCUGGGUUUGCCGGUGAUGCUGCUCCGAUUUCCACCUUACAAACCAAUGACCCAAUAAUGAAUUUUCAUAUCCAGAAACCAUCAAAAACUAAUGGUGAUCAAUCCCUUAAUAUGGCCUCGAUUUCUCUUAAUGGUGCAUCUUAUGCUUUGACCGCAGAGAAUCACAGAUCCUUAUCCGAAUCAAUUCUCGAUCCCAGUAUUCAACUAAAUGCCACCAUUGAUAAUUUCUACAAACUGGAUCUCAUUCAUAAGCGAUGGCUUUUCCAUGAUGAUUUUUUACUUUUCCAGACCCUUGAACCACUUCAGGGCUCCAAUACUGAACGACUCCUUGAGAAAAUCGUGUCCCAUAUUUACAACUCCGAUCUCUUGGUCGAUUCUAAACGGUGCAAAGUUAUCAUUCCAGUAUCGAUUUUCCUUCCAGAUCAUAUUCGAAGACUCAUAGCAAACGUCCUAUUGAAUUACAUUCAUGCUCAGCUGUUGAUUUUCUUACCGGACUCUCUCCUUAGUAUUUUGAGUGCUGGCACUCAAAAUGGGCUUGUGGUAGACUUGGAUUGGGAUAUGAUAACCAUAUCGCCAGUGUUUGAUCAGAAGUUAUUAUACAAAAAUAUCAAAACCACAACCAGAGGAUCAGGGAAGCAGCUUCACUAUGCAGUUUUGAGACAAUUGUUGAACAAUAAACAGCACGUUGAAGGCAUUGAUAUUAAUAACAAAAAUGAAGUAUUUCAUUUUAUCGAAGAUCUUAUCCAUGAAGUAGUAUACUGCAAGAAUCUCAACGACAGUUAUGGUAAUGGUAAUGGUGAUAAUGAUGAUAAUAAUGUAUUCAGUUAUAAAAAUAACAUCAAAAUUCCAAACAGGCUACGUUUCCAAGCAUUGGAAUCAGAGUUUUUUCCUCAGAUAACUCCCAAAGAAAUUGAUGACGAUGAAAUACCUCUAGCAAGUCUAAUUAUUGAGGUACUAGACAGUUUACCAAUAGAUAUAAGACCGGUUCUCAGCAAAAGAAUCAUGUUUACUGGAUUUUUGUCAGAUAUUCCUGGGUUGAAAUCAAGAAUAAUGCAUGAAUUAAGAUCAGCGGGGAAUGCCAAAUAUGAAGCAAUUAUAUCUUUGGGAUCAUGGACUGGUGCCAGUUUAUAUUGUUCUACUAAAUUGAUGGCGUCAUCCAGCAUAAUUAAGAAUCAAGAAUUAGUUAGAGACACAUAUCUUGAAACUAACAAACUAAUUCCUGGUUGGAUAGAUCAACUCUACACACUAGCACAAUAA